UCUACAGAGCAACCUAAUUGCGUCGUGCACGCUCCUGUUCUUAAUCAACCAAUCAGCGCCGCAGCUGUUUAAACGUUUGCAGGAAGAAGCAUGGACGGGUUUCACGGCUCCAGGAUGGAGGGCUUCCUCACCACGUUGCCACCCUUCAGCCACUGCGGGGUCCCGGGCUGCGUUCCGCCGGCCCCGGGCAGCACCUGGGGGAAGCGAGGCGGCCGCUUCAUGACCCCGCACGACCUGGACUACCUGGAGCUCUGCAGGGCCGGCCUGUCCCAGGUGGGCCCCAGAGCUAUGCCCGACCCGCUGCUACGCUGGGCCAACACCAACGAGUGCGGGGUGCAGGUGAACAACAAGGUGGAUAAAACCGUGCAGUGCUCGCUGGGUCCCAAGACGCUGCUGGGCCUGGCGAGCGAACCACCCGGGGCCUCAAAGUUCGCCCAAAUCCCGGUUCCGGAGCUCGGCCCCGCCCGGAAGUGGCAGUACGACACGCCGCCGCGGUUCCUCAGGCCCGUGUCCGUCUACUCGCCGGGGUUUGACCCCAGGUUGUUCACGAUGGAAGCCAGAGACGACGACAGGAGUGCGGGAGAAGCCGAGGCCGCCGAGCACUACGAGUCGUACUGGGAGGGAGAGCCGUACCACAGCAGCGAGGACACUGGGAAUAACUUGGAGACAAGUUUCAGACAGUUCCCAAAGGGCGCCAUUUCCCAGUUCCUGGAGCAGAGGUACGGCUUUUUCCACUGCAAGAAGUGCAACAUCCGGUGGGAGAGUGCUUAUGUAUGGUGCAUCUCUGGAACCAGGAAGGUGUACUACAAGCAGCUCUGCCGGAAGUGUCAGGUGGGGAUAAACCCCUACAGAGUGGAGCCCAUCAUCUGCAAGGCCUGCGGUCUGACUUCCUGCUGCUGUGACAAGAAGCACAGACACGUCAACAUGAACAGACCUCACCGUCAGGACCUGUGCUGUCGCUGCAGGGGCAUGAGGCUGCCCUGCGACUCCACCUACAGCUUCAAGUACACCUUCUGAGCUCCGCGCUCUGUUCCGGAGUCACCCGUUCCUCACGUGGCUCCGACUGCAUCUGUUAAAGAGUCGAGGCCCCAUCACGUGUGUUUGACCUGUACGUGUCAUGAUGGGCAGUUGCCUCCAGUUACAGACUUUAACAGAUUUAUUUGUUCUCCAACCAGCGAGUAGCUGAAUUUCAAAAAGCAUCUCUACAGGGCUCUGUUUCCCUCCGUUCAUCCUGGUGCGUAAGUUCACGUGAAAAUGUUAUUUUGCUAAAAGAAAGUUUAAGAGAUUAACAUUGCACCUCAAAUGUGAAACUGUUGUAGAUUAUUACUUCCAAGGUUGUAUUGUCUUUCCUGCUUGUUUGUGUGUGUGAGCAGUUUGUUAAUUUCUCAACAAAUGGUUCAAAGCUCUUCAUGGAAACAAUCAGCCAUAAUGUUAAGUGCUAAUAUCUAAGAGCAGGUGAAAUUUAAAAGCAGUCUGCAGAAGUGUUCUAUGCAAUAUGGUGAUAAAGUUGUCUAUCAUCCACA